GUCACCUAACCAACCCGGAAGUAAUGCGUUUACGUAUGUACAGUGCAUUACACUAUUAUUAUUGACGCGAGUAAUAGGUAUGUCUCCUUCCUACUUUACAAUAACUUUAUUGAACACUUGUCACGUGGUCAGAAACCAACACGGAAGUAAUGCGUUUACUUAUGUACAGUGCAUUACACUAUUUUUUGACGCGAUUUAAAUAUUGAAUUUCAAUGCACGUCAGCGAUGACUUUAGGUUUUAAAAAAGCAUCCGACAGAUACAUCAACUAGAACAAGUUUUUGUGGAUCAUUUGGGCGGAGGCGAGCGUGUUUUCUUACUGCAUUAAAGUUGGUAUAACAUUUUCACAGAAUGAUAAGGUGACAUCUGCAGACAAGCAUUGAAUCAAGGGGCAUUUAGCGGAGGGCGGUGGCACCACAGUGUCUGAUCCACUUUCAGAGGCGCACUUUGACACACUCACUGGACGUGAAUGCAGACAUGGAGCUGGGAUCAACAGUGACGGCUGUGAGGAGCACCAGGGUUCUAUCGGGAGAAGUCCACCCUGGGGUGGUCGUGAUUAAGAAUGGUAAAAUCCACCAGGUGCUCUCAGACCAGGAGUUUACCGAGGACGCUGCCUCUGCGGUCUUGGAUGUGGGUGACAGCGUGGUGAUGCCGGGGAUCGUGGACUGCCACGUUCAUGUUAACGAACCCGGCCGUACUUCGUGGGAGGGUUUCUGGACCGCCACUAGGGCGGCGGCGGCGGGAGGUGUUACUACCAUUGUGGACAUGCCGCUAAACAGCAUCCCUCCCACCACCACGCUUGCUAAUUUUCAGCAGAAGUUGCGGGAGGCGACGGGCAAGUGUUUCGUGGACACGGCCUUCUGGGGGGGCGUGAUUCCUGGCAAUCAGCUGGAGCUCCAGCCCAUGAUCCAGGCGGGUGUGGCCGGCUUCAAGUGCUUCCUCAUCCACAGCGGGGUGGACGAGUUCCCCCAUGUGAGCGACUGCGACCUGCACGCUGCCAUGAAGCAGCUGCAAGGCACAGGAAGUGUGCUGUUGUUUCAUGCUGAGAGGGAGGUCCAACAAACAAGCGGGGGCGAUGGCGACCCCAACCAGUACACCACCUUCCUGCAAUCCAGACCAGACGUGAUGGAGGUGGAAGCCAUCCGCACCGUGGCACAGCUCUGCCUGCAGUACCAGGUGCGUUGCCAUGUGGUCCACUUGUCCUCCGCUCAACCGCUGACCCUCAUCCAGGAGGCGAGGCAGGCCGGCGCUCCCCUUACGGUGGAGACCACCCACCACUACCUCAGCCUGAGUGCGGAGAACAUACCCGCCGGGGCCACGCAGUUCAAGUGCUGCCCCCCCAUCAGAGAAGCCAAAAACCAGGAGCUGUUAUGGGGGGCGCUGAAAGCUGGACAGAUCGACAUGGUGGUGUCGGACCACUCCCCCUGCACACCUGACCUCAAGAAGCUGGACUGUGGGGACUUCAGUCAGGCCUGGGGAGGAAUUUCAUCUCUGCAGUUUGGCUUACCGCUGUUCUGGACCUCAGCUGGUCUGAGAGGCUUCCAGCUGGCCGAUGUGGUCCGCCUGCUCUGCCGAAACACGGCCCAGUUGUGUGGUCUCGGCCAGCAGAAGGGCAGCCUGGAACCUGGCUAUGAUGCAGACCUGGUCAUUUGGGACCCGGAGAGAGAAUUUGAGAUUAAAGCGGAAGGCAUCCAUCAUAAGAACAAGUUAACUCCAUACCUGGGUGUUACACUGCGAGGAGUGGUGACUGCCACCAUCGUGGGGGGACGGCUGGUGUACCGUGAUGGCUCCUUCAGCUCUGAGACUCUGGGGAAGCCCCUCCUCAUCCCUCCAAGGACCACCCCGGAGGAAGAGAAGACACAGAUGUGAUGACUUUUCCUCCAUCAUGACUAUUUUCAGCUGGUUCAAGUGGACACAGAGUCAGGGCUGCAGUGUUGAUAUUGUGUAAUGCAACACAUGCAUGCUAAGAAGUUAUACAUAUAUAUAUUUGUAGGAAAAAGAAAUGCAUCUCAGCUUCAUAUCAUUAGUAUGACUUGGGUUUUUGCUUUUGUCUGUUUUUUACAGUUUUUUUUAUUUUAUUUUCAAAAUAUUUCAACUUUUUUCUUAAAUAAUCCUCAUAAAUGUUGUUUUUUGGAAUAGUGUGACUUUUUCCUCAACCUAAAUUUUGUUUCUCAUAAUACUAUGACUAUGAAACAAAAAACAUUUAAUAGUUAAACUCUAUGGGACUAAAAUGACAUCUAAUAUUACGAGUUUAUUCUCAUGAAAUUGUGACUUAACUCCCAUUAAAAUGCAACUUUUUUUCUCUGAAUAUUUUUAUUAUUUUCUCAUAAAAUUUUAAUAAAU